UGUAACCAAACAAACCCUUAGAGGUUGGCGUACCGGAUGACAAGAUUCUGAUAUCUGCUGGAAGAGCUGAAUCAACCCUCGACGAUGCUUUUCAGAUUGUCCCAGAUGAUCUUCCUUCAUCGAGUCAUAACACAACUUCUCCUGACUUGGGAUUGCCUUCGUUCUUUUCUAGUAUUCAGGCUUUGGUUGAUGGGAUGUCUGCUCAACUGAGAUCACAUGGCGCUGCUAUUCCAGAAGGAGUUCUGUCUCUAACGCAGUGGAAUCCAUUGCUGCUUCAGAGACAGAUAGCUGAUUUGAAAGCGUCAAAUGCUGAUAUGACCCGGAGAUACUCUGAGCUCGAGGAGAAACAUCUUCAGUAUCAAACCGACUCAACUCGGCGGUAUUCUGAGCUUGAGGAGAGGUAUUUUCAGCAUCAAACCGACUCCAUCCGGCAGUAUUCUGAGCUUGAGGAGAGAUAUUCCCAAGGUCAGAUCGACCUGGCCCGGGUUUUUGCUUCUUUAGACGACGCAAAUUCCUUGAAUUCCUCUCUUAAUGCUCAGCUUGACUCUGAAAGGACGGUUAACGAGGAGGAGAAACUACCACUUGCAGCUUCCCGCGACAAUCUGGAUAGGUUAUAUCGUGACGCCAGUAAUUCUCUAACCAUCUUGGAGAGGAUCCACCGCUUCACCAUGGCCGAUCUGGAUCAUCAUCGCCAUGGACUGCAAGUAUCCCAGGAUGAGAUCUUGCGGCUCAGGCAGCUGGUGUCAAGCAAGGACUAUGUCAUUAAGGAUCUGUGUGCCUCCAAGAGAUCAGUCGCCCAGGAGCUAGAAGUCGCUCGACUGGCUGCCAAGGUUGCAGAGGACAACUGCGCUGUUUUGAAGACCCAACGAGACAAGGCUAUGGAUAAAGUCAUUCGCGCGGGAUGAAUCUUGAUGAGGAGGCCUGGUGUAGUUGUUCCUGAUGACAUUGUGGCGGACGUUAAGGCUGCGCCUGAUGCUUCGAGUCACCCUUCUUCCUUGAUAGCUCCUGCGAAAGACAUUACCAAGUAGAGAUGUUUUGCUGUGUUUAGAAGAUACUCAGCUGAAAAACCAUAACAUUUUGUUUCUGUUGUUAGAUUUCAACAAUUAUUAUGAAUGGUCGUAGAA